AUGGCUCCUAGCGACGCAUCAAAAAGGAAUGUAAAGAAGGCGUCGAAAAUGUCAAAUCCUGUCGAAAAACUUCAGUGUUUACCGGCUCAUGAAGACAGGAAGACUGUUGAUGGAGAGUUGAUCACAUUCGAGACGUACUGGGCUACACAUCUUUCGGAUGAGCAGUCAACAUGGGUUUUCGACUUAUUCAAGCGGAAUAUGUUUCAACUGUAUUCGAUGUCGCAAUGGGGAUGGGAUCCGGAAUCGAAGAAGGCUGAACUUGGUGCAACUACCGCUCGGUUUAUCAUAGCUAAGAACGAGAAGGGGGAGCCCAUCGGUUACACGCACUAUCGUUUCGAUAUGGACCAUAACAGCUCCGUACUCUACUGUUACGAGAUUCAAGUGGAAGAAAGAUAUCAGAAGAAAGGUGUGGGAACGUUGCUUAUACAAACUCUUGAAACGUUAGCUGAAAAGACGGGUAUGGAGAAAGUGAUGGCGACGGUUUUCGCUUUCAACGAAAAGUCAUUGGGUUUCUUCCAUAAGUUGGGUUAUGAAACGGACAUCUCAUGCCCAGAUGAAAAUCAGGGUCGUGAUUACCUUAUACUCAGCAAAGCGGUUGUUUGA